AUGAGGAUGUUAAAUCAGCCUGCAGCAUAUCCAGUACACCCGGACUAUUAUGAAGUCGAAAACCCUAAUGGAACAUAUGAAAAUGUUUUCGACCCAGAUGCUAUUAUUGUUCAUGCUUCAUUUUCUGGCGCCCAAAACUCUUUCUUAUGCUUGGCAAAUGACUUUUACGAAAAACCUACAAAGUUAUACGAACCACCAAGUGGAAGUAUUUCAGACUUUCAAGUAUGGUUUACUACAGAUGGAAGAAAAAGAAUAAUUCCAUUAUACCAUGCGUUUUACUUAGAACUUAGUUUCAUAUACAACUACUAUCGAACGAUAAAAAUAUAA